AUGGAGACAGAAGAGAGGGAGGAUGCAUCGCAGAAACACGCAGCUAAUGUGAAGGCAGAGGCGGAGGAAGACGUGACGUCAUGCCACACCUGUGGGGUGUGCGGUCGAAGCUUUCCUCUCCUCAGCUCUCUGUCUCAGCACAUGAGACGACACACUCGGGAGAAGCCGUACAAGUGUCCCUACUGUGAGCACAGGACGGCUCAGAAGGGCAGUCUGAAGGCCCACAUUCGAAGCCAUAAACUGGGCCUGUUCAGCCACAACCUCAGCGACAAGCAGGGGGACGAAGAUCAAGGACAAAAAGAUGAUGCUGUUAUAGCUGAGCCUCCUGAAAUCAGCAGCACGUCUGAGAAGGCUCGUGUCAAUGGGAAGGUAAAGAAGAAAGGAACCAAGAAGAAAGUUAAGGGCAAAGACGGUAUCGAGGUCGGCGAUGGGGCCGAUGCCGGGUCUUUUUCCUGCACUAUUUGUGGCCAGGCGUUCCCUCAGGUAUUACUCCUUAAGUCCCACAUGAAAAGGCAUCGCGGCUCCCAGGAUCACGGUUGCCGGAUCUGUGGACGACGCUUCCGCCAAGCCUGGUUCCUCCAAAGUCAUAUGCGCAUCCACCGGGUCAAAGCCCAGCUGCGGGGCAGCAAAAGUAACGACCCUCCGGCCACCAUCAAUGGAGUUCCUCAGGACCCAGCAUCACUGAUCAAUGAAGAGUGCCUCUAUGAGCUCUGUGCAGGCUGUGGUAACUUCUUCUUUGACCGCAAGACCCUGAGGAUACAUGAAAAGCUGCAUAAACUGAACCAGAGCCGUGCUCAGAUGCAGAAUCCAGCACAGGAAGACCUGGAGGCCGCCGAGCUGCACAAUUCUAAGAAGCAUUUUUUCGACAGCCUGAACCUCACAUGUGCUGGACCUAAAGAAACUCCUGAGGAAAGGAGUCUGGGCAGGCGGAUUCCUGAGCUGGAUCCAGUUUGUAGUUACCAGGCAUGGCAGUUGGCCACAAGGGGACGACUGGUGGAGGCCACAGAGAAGUGUCUCGGGUGGGAGGAGAGACUAGCCGAUGCUGAGGUGGCUUAUGACACAGAAAAAGGCGAGUACGUACCCCUAAAGCAGGAGAAGAAGAGGAAGCAAAUUGAAUCCUCCAGCACCAGUGUAAAGAAGAAGAAGGCCGACACAGGCCUCGAUCAGACAUCAAACAGCUUGGCUCACACUAAAGGUGGCGACAAAAAGAUCUGCCAGAAGGACCGCAUCCUGUUGAAUGGACUGGGUCACGCGUUUUAUGAGGCACUGCAGACUAAGAAGGUCAAAGAUGUUCACUUCUCAUCAAAACACAGCAACAACAUCAGGAUCCAAGAGCAGGAAGAUAGAAAAAACUACUUCUGCGAGCACUGUGACUUCCACACUGUCGACGCCUCACUACUCAGGUCUCACCUGCACCGGCAGCACCAGGACUUCCUGGUUCCCUACAGCAAACAGAGCACCGUUUUGGACAGCGUUAGCAAAAGCGGUUCCAAAGCCUCAAGAUACAUGGACUACCUCAGGAGCAGGAGCGUGCUGCUCAGUCAGCCAUACUGGAAUCCCUACACGUGUCCUCCAAGCCAGGAGUUAGUUGAGUCGAACAUUAAAGUAGAAAAGUCAAACGGCACAGAGGUCAAAGGGCAGGGACACGCGACCGGUGACGCUGGCAGCCUCCUCAAUCUGUCUUCAUUACCCAUAACUGAAGGAGAUAGUACUGUGAAUUAUUCAGUGAAAACAGAGGGGCUCGUGAGACAUCAGUGUCCAUACUGCUCCCACACCACCAACUAUCCAGAGGUACUGUGGAUCCAUCAGCGAGUGGCGCACAGGGUGGACGGCAGCAGCUCUGUGGCACCCAAGUGGGCACCCUGCGUCAACAGCAUCAAGAGUUUGAAGGCAGGAGUUUCCCAGUGGAGACGCACAGGGCCGCCGCCGUUUCUCGAAGGCAAAGACUGCCCAGCUUUACCGGCUCCAAGAACGCAGCGCACACAGCCUCCAGGCGUCGCAGCCCCCAGCAGCAGCAGCAGCAGCAGCAGCAGCAGCAAACACUCAGCCUCCAAGACCCAGUCGGCCCCCCCAAAGUCCAAGCAUCCGUCGAAGGACUCGCGAUCUUCAGAUGGGACACAGUCCAGUGGAAAGGCCGGACUCCCAUCUCAGAAGAAGUCUGGUGAACAUAACCGAGCGGCGGAGGGUGGGAGUAAAGGCUCCAGCUCCAAGGCUACUUCAUCCAACAGUGUUGUGCACAGCAAGAGCCUCCCUAGUUUCCAGCCUACGAGCAGCCCCAAACACAGGGGCAGCAGAGCAACAGUGGAGGGAAGCUUCCCACAGGAGGGGUUAGGCUUUAUGCUGGCAAGAAAUCACGGCGGGACUUCUUCUAAUGUAGCUUCAGACAGACUCCAUUCCCGCAGGCAGUCGUACGACUUCGCUUCGGUUCCAAAGGGCCCCGAUCUGUGGGCGGCCAUGAACAUGUGGGGCCUGCAUGGAAGCAAAGCAUAUUUAGAUCCACUCCUUUUUGCUCAGGGAAAGAAUGAAUCAGCAGGAGAGAUGCCAAUGGACAUUGAUAUUUUCAGUCUCUUGAAAAAUUACAGUCCCCACGAACUGGCAGCUCUCUAUCAGCACUGGGGGUUUGUCGACCCCAGACUGGAUCCACAAGCAACGUUGCAGAUAAAUGGAACGUUUGGAAAUGAAGUCCAUUCCUCCUCUGAAGCUUCCAAACAGAUGAACAGCCGCAACACUUCAUCCUCAGGGUCUCUCCAUAAAGGAACGUGA